CACUUCCGCGAAUUUUGAAAACGUAGAGGCGGUCUAAAGGUGAAGGGAAGGAAAGGAAAGACACGAUGGAACUUCAAAUGAAAGAUGCCUAUAAAAUCAAAUCAACAUCGGUUGACCCCAAGAAAUUACGUCUUCACAGAAGGUCAAUAGACUGGAAACAGAAUCGGCAUGAGGAAGCGAAUAAAGGCAGAAAUAUCCAAAACCUUUCGCCUCUGCAAGAACUUAGCUCCAACUCGUCCAACAUAACGAUAACAUCGUCGUACGAAGGGAAAACACCAGUGAAGAGGGAUGCUAUAGAAGAUAAUGGUAAAAAAAGGAAGCUAAGGACAGCAGAUGAUGUGAAGCGGGAACUUGUGAAGUGGAAGAAAGAGAAGGAAUUGAAGAAAAAGAUGGAAAAACAGAAACAACUGCAGAAACCCUCCUUUAAGAUUUCUCAUAUGGCUCAUAAUGAUGUCAAACUGUACACGAAGGGUGCAAAGAAAGGGAACCAAAUUUGUCCAAUUGCAGGAUUUGUUUCAACCCAAGCUAAAACGAAACCACUGAAACCAGGGGUCAUAGAAAGUCAUCCUCCUGCCAGAAAACCAGUUGUCAAGACCGCAACCAAAAAAACAGAGGCUCCUAAACCAGCACCAUCAAAGUUUGUGGCACCAGCUCCUGUAUCGGGUCGAGUCACUCGGUCACAGUCUGCCUCUAAAGGAACCAAAAGUGUACCGAUGCCAUCUAAAUCCAAAGGACCUUCAACGAGAGCUACAAGGAAUGCUGAAAAACAGAAACCAGCUGUUACCUCCAAACAAUCUACCCUUAAAAAAACUGUCAACGAAAAGAAGGUACCAUCGAAACAGAAACCACAAAAUCUUGACUUGGAGAAAGUGUCAACCUUCAGAGGUAUCUCAUUCGCCCCGGAGGAUUUCACCUUCAGUGCUCCAAGCAACGUCUCAACGUUUGAAUUUAAACCUCUCAGUCCUGCCAGCACUGCUAAGUUCCUGUGCCCAGCCACCACGUCUUUCCUCGACACUGAUCCUAAAAGAUGCUCUACCCCAAAGCAACAUUUGUCUCCAGACUUCCAACUCGAUGCAGCGGACUGCUCAGUAAACCUUGUAGACAUCUCUAAAGUAAGUGACAGACUCGCACAAUCUACUGUAACCCCAGAGGCCACAGAUAGCAACUGUGUAGGAGAGAAACCUGAGAGUACGGCUACCCCUCCAAAGACUGUAACAAACGAACAAAAUACACCAAUGGAAGUUAACACCUCUCUGAGUGAAAAAAGACGCGUCACCCGUGGACUCCAGCGGUCAAUAUUAGGAUCUCAAUCUGCCACACAAUCAACUGAGGUUAACGAACAGUCAAGCAGUAGAGAUUCUACCAAAACCCCAGGGGAAAACAUGAUGGAGUCAACCUCUAUCAAUGCUGGUGCACAAGAUGAGACUAAUGAUGUGAUAUCUGCUGCUCCCAAACAGCUUACACUGUUGAAGGAAUCCCCAGCUCCAUUGAACUCAAAGAAAGAAGAGAAAUCCAUCCCCAAGAGGAUGACGAGAAGUCUGAGGCGUUCACUGUGUCUGUCUCCUCCCUCAGCGGCUCUUGCCUCUCCAAAGAAGGUGGCCACUCCCAGGAAUGCACAUGGAAGGACUCGCAGGUCGGUAAUCGCACCGUCUGAUGAGGUAGCUACUGCCAAGCCUCUUGAAGAUGAAGUAUUCUCAAAUUCACCGAAAAAAGCUGAUGCAAAACAAACACCUGAAAGAAAAGUUACCAGACGGACCAUGAGUAACUUGGCACCGUUUUUACCACCUAGCAGUGACUGCCUAGUGUUGUCAGCAUCCCGCAGCAAGAGGAAGAGGAGGAAGACGCAGCAUGAUCGCCCUGUCAACCCAAAGAGUCCAGAAGAAUGGCUUAACCUCCUGAGAGACAGUCCUAUGAUUGAAAUGAACAGAAGGACACCAAAGGCAAACACACUUGAGCCGUUGCUGAAGCUAGAUCUGGAUAUGGAUUUUGAUGACGUACUGUCUCAGACAUCACAACAGACAGUUAAUGAUGCCAGUACAUCAUUUGUGACAUCAGGUCCUGCUGAUGAUGUCAGCAUGUCUCUCAUGACAUCAGAAACGUCGAUUGACAGUGCUCCAUCCACAACAACGGAUCUAAAAAAAGAUCAGACCCUCGUGUCUUCUGAAAAAAUCCAGUCAGACACCGUAUCAAGUGAACAGCUCUCUGCAUCACAACCACAAGAAGAAAAAUCAGCUGAGCCAGAGGAGCACAAUGUGAAAUACUUCCGAAAGCUAAUGUCGACAGAAACUGACAUCUUUGACGGAUACUGUUCCAAGUGGGAAGAUAUCAACAAAAAUACUCCAAGUCUGAAUGAAGAAGUGGAAGGUCAAAUCAGGUCAUGUAUUGGUCAGGCCCAGCUGUUAAUUAGACAGCGCUUCAAGCAGUUUACAGGCCUGGUGGACAACUGUGAGUUUGGGACUGGUGAGAAGGAGACAACCUUCACAGACCUGCAGGGAUUCUGGGACAUGAUCUUCUACCAGGUGGAAGAUGUCCAUACAAAGUUUGCUAACCUGGACAAGCUAAAGGCCAACAACUGGGUGGAAGAUAAACCAACAGUCCAGAAAAAAGUGGUAAAGAAAAAAGUAUCUGCAAAACCAGCUGUAAAACGUCCUCCUGUUGCAUCCAAAUUUGCUGCCUUCCGGUCCCAGAUGAAGAAGAAGCAGACUGUUCCAGACAUUAUUUGUCAUGAAGAUCCAGUUGUCACAUUUGACGGGGGAUUCUUUAAAGUUUCCAGUCCAAAAAGGACUCCAAAAUUCCAUUGUGAAGCGGGCUCACCUCAACGAAAGGCUUCCACCUCUUCUACAGAGAAGGAGAAGACCCUUCAGCCCAAGUCUACCCCACUUUCGGAAGUACUGUCUCCAGCUGUUGACAGUUUGGGACUGACAAGUCUGCGCACACCUAGCAGAAAGUCCUAUGUGCCAGUUAACCCCAGUCCCUUGUUACGGGACAUCACUCCUCAUGUCACCGCCAAGGCCAGGCUGGCGCGUCACUCGUUUUCCAAAAAAUUGUGUUCAGGGGUAGAUACUGAACCAGAGGUUCAAAGCACAGAAAACGAGACAGAUGAUGUCUUCAGCAGUGACAUUUCAGAGAAAACAGUUGGAAUCCCAUCUGAUAAAAAUAUUUCUACAACGAUUGGAACACCAAGGGCAAAGAUUACACCAAGGAGAUCCCUGAGAUCUAGAAGGUCAUUAUGUGAUGUGUCAUCACCUUCAUCCACGGUCAAGGACACAGACAGCAACAGUGAUUUCUUCAAAUAUCUCCAGCCCAGCAGUACUUCCCUGUCCAAGGCUACAGGUAAUUCCAGUGCUCUGGACAAUGACGGGGAGGCCUGGGACCUCUCCUCCGCCCUGUCUGCUGCUGAGACUACAGAACAUGUGAAUGAUUCCCCAGCCAUGCCAAAGCGGCGCACAUCCAGUUUAAAACAGCUUCCAUCCUCACAGCGCCGUCGCUCAACCAGACGCAGUGUGCACUUCUCUGCCUCGCCAACAGUAGAACAUACACAGGAGGUAGGGGAUAUUAUGGAUGUUUCAGUGCCUGAUCAGGAUAGAGUCGGCGAUGACAUGUUGAUCUUCACACCACCAGGACAGAAGUCUUCACUACAGCUAGGAGACGACAAUACCAGUUACAUCAGUCAAAACGCUGGUGCUACACCUGCCUUCCGAAAUUCUCGCCCCAGUUUACUGUUCACACCGCCCCAGGACACCUCUACAGUGACCAACACAACUACACACACGGAGAUCCCGACAGACAUUCUGAUAUCAUUCACACCUUGAAUCUAGUCCAAGGUCAUAAUGAUACCGAUCCUCCAUUUCUCAGUGUGUUUCAUUGACGUUACAGAAAAACAGAUUUUAUAAAAGACAAACAUUUUAACCUUCAUUCUACUAAAGAAUAUUUUGUAUGCUUGAUUACCUGUGAUCCUAAAAGGCAUAGCAAUAAUUUUGCUUGGAUUUAUCAUCCCACAAGCUGUAGAUGGUAUCAAAAUGUGGCAUGUGACAAGGAAUGUUUUCAUCACUGUAGCAUAUUAUCGGUUAGCAAAAUAUUCAUGUCAUGUAUCAUAUCAGUCACCAUUCCCCUCAAUACUUACCGAUUAGUGUCGACUUGUGUUAUUUCUUACUUCAUUUGGUAUCUGCUUGUUCAUUCUUAUUUCAUAUAAAAACUGAUUAAUACUUACAUCAUAUCAAUACUUUUCAUUCUUUCUCACAUCAUAUCAAUACUUUUCAUUCUUUCUCGCAUCAUAUCAAUACUUUUCAUUCUUUCUCACAUCAUAUCAGUACUUUUCAUUCUUUCUCACGUCAUAUCAGUACUUUUCCUUCUUUCUCACAUCAUAUCAGUACUUUUCAUUCUUUCUCACGUCAUAUCAAUACUUAAGUAGUUGUUGCUCUUUCUAUCAAUUUAGUUCUUUUUUUUCCCUGAUUUCUUUUCUAAUCUGUCUUUAUGCUUGAGACCAGUAUGUAUUGAAAGAGAUUGUCAAUGCUACAAACAUGGAGUGUAUAAACUUUAUACUGUAUGAAUAUAUUUGAACCAACAUGAUAGAUAAUGGUGUAAGAAAUUAUAAUUUCAAAACAAUUUGCUUUCUGUAUGUGUCUAAAUAUAUAAGGUUUUCAUUGUGACUGCAAGUGUAGUUCAUUUCAUCGAUUUCAUCAAUAAUUCUACGGGUAAGAUCAACUUCAUCUGCAUUUUUGAUCACGGACAGUCUAAUUUCUGUAUUAGUAUAUAAACUUACAUAGCCAUUUACUUAGCAUUUGGUUUGGUGUAGUUUGUUGUAACUAUUUAAAGAAAAAAGAUAUCCACGUUUUUUCAUAUAUGUAGUACAAAUGGUUUUGUUUUGUUCCCUGCCCUGUCAUGAGGAUCAAAAAGAUACACUAGCAAAUGUUAAAAAAAUGAAAAAAAAACUGUUUUUUGUCUAUAUAAUGUAAUCUUUUAAGUAAAUGUAUGUGAAAUGUUGCCUUUCUUAACUUGAUAAUUUUAGAACAUUAAAUUUGUGUAUGAGAUGUAGAGAUUUUUGAAAUUUCUUAAAAUUAAGAGUGAAUUAAAAUAAUGUUAGCAUAUGUUUACAGUUUGUACAGUAAAUCUGUUAUCAUUUGUAUUGUUUUAAUUGUACGAAACAGCUGGAUAUUUGUAGUAGAAAUUUAACUCGUCUUUAAAUAAGUUGAGGGACUAAUCACCGAUUAGAAUUUGCAUCUGACGUGACGACCAUCUUAGAGUUUGAAUUUCCUUUCCACCUUUAUGUUAGUGCCACUUACCCUCAUUGUAAAACUGGUGAACACUGGUUUAGCCGUGAUUAGUUUUUAGAUAAGUUUAUUUUAUGUUUAAUCUGUGGCAGCAUUUAUACUGGUAAUUGUAAGAACAUUCAAUUAAAGUGAUGUGUCGAGAAGUGAUUUGAUUAUUACAAAAUGUCUGACCUUUUGUUGAAAAAUUCUAAUAAGAUCAAUGACUUUAAUAUUUUUGUUUUGUAAAAAGAAGAAAAAAUUCGCAUGUAUUAAUAAACCAUUUACAACAAA